CGUAUUGAUGAUGUGCUUUUGAUUUCAUCAAAUCAAAUUUGAUCAUAAUGGUCAUAAGACUGACUACAAUUUGACCUUCAAUCCUUUUCUUUUCUUGGUGGAAUAGAAGGUGUAGCAGCUAUAUUCUUUGAUCCAGAUUAACAUCAUCAAAUUUUAAAAAAGGAAACAAAAAGCUUUCAAGGAAAUGAAUUUUUAUGUAAUAGUUGCGAAGUUACGAACAGCAGCCUCAAUUUUAAAUAACAAAGCCCCUAUGUGACUACAUGACUCACCAAGCCAUCCAUACAUGUGCAGUGGGCAGAAAGAACAUUAACAUUUUUUAUGUCCAAAAUUAUCCAGGGAAAGAAAAUGUCAUCAAAACGAAAAACUUACACAUAUGGACGAAAGUUGUCAGGCAAGAGAAAAAAUGACAGUGAACCAUGGGAUGUGGAAGUUGAUCAUAAUGCUCCAAAAAAGAUGCCAAAGAAAAAUAACAUUUGGGCAAAGGUGUCAUCAAGCCCCUUUAAGAGCAGUCCAGUUAAAAAAAAUGACAAUGUAUUGAAUGAUCCAUUUGGGUUUGAUGAUAGUGAUCCAUAUAGUUUUGAUGAUAAUGAAAAGUUGAUGAAAAAAAAGACACCAGUUAAAGUUAAAACAACAAAAAUAGCGAGCAUCAAAAAAACAACUCCUGUGAAAAGUAAAGCGAAAUUGUCAUCACCCCCAUUGAGUCCAAAUUCAAAAUUAUCAGGCAAAGCAAUGCCUAAAGAGAGUAUUACAAUAAAUCUUAAAGACCUUACAACUGUAGGGAGUCCUAAAAAGAAAGGAAGAGCAACUGCACAGAAAUCAACAAAGACAGUUAAAAAGGAUAUCUUCAGAGGCAAAGAAGAAUUAAAAAAAGGUAAUGCAACACACAGGAAAAAUACAAAGAAUAGCAAGGGCUUGAUAAAAGAGGAAACAGAACAUCAAAAUAAAAAACAAGAUGUUUGUGAUGAAAUACCAAUACAAUUCGUUGAUGAUGUUGAUAUUAAAAUGAUAGUUUUGCAAAAAACUCCUAAAAAGAAAAAAGGACGAAAAGUUAAAAAGUCGGCUGUUAUUACAGUUAGUACAAAAGCACAUUCAAAUAUUGAUUUUAAUGUUGUCAACAAUGAUUGCAGUGAUAAUUUAACAAGGUUGCAACAAGAUAUUGUUAACAACGACUCUCUGGAAAAUAAAAAAGCCUCCCAAGACACUGUGGAAGAUAGUAUUGAACCUGGAAAAGAAGUUGUAGAUGAAUUAAAUAAUUCUAAAGGUGAGGAAGACUCUCCCAAAAUUGCAGAAUGCAGUAUGGAAUCUGAUAAGGAACAGGAAGAUAUGGGGGAAAUGGAAGGAGACAGUGACGAACCUUUAACAAAUGGACAGAAUGUAGAAGAAUCACACACUAAGAUAAAACCUCAAUCAUUGUUUACAUAUUAUGAUAAACAAGAUAAAUUAAAAAAGGACGCCAAAGAUGGCAGUAUAUAUCGUGAGUCAAAGAGAAUAAGAUUGAUUUCCGAAGGAUCAGAGAAUAGUUUAGGAGAAGAUGUUGCAUACGCUAAUAAACCAGCAACAGGUGCAGGACAAGUUACUAAAAACAAUGACAAAGAUCAACCGCCACUUGAAAAUGAACAAGAAUCACAGUCCAGUUCUCAAUCAGUUGACUUAGAAAAGAAAGUCAAGAGUCCAUUCAAGAAUUUAAAGCCAAGAUCUAUGAUGAGAAACAGAAGAUUUUCAGCCUUGCCAACAAGCAACCUAGAUUUAUCUGAUGAAGAGGAAGUGGAUGGAGACAAAGAAACAGAGGAAGAAAGAAAACAUAUUAAAAGCCCUCCUCCGUUAUACAGGAGUGCUUUGUUUGGUUUUAGUAGAGCAGAUACUGCUGUUCGCGUGAAAAAGAAUGAGAAAGAGCUGUUUACCGUUGUAAAGAACACAAAACAUGCUCACGAAUGUCUCGAACAUGGAGAAAGUCAGCAGUUCAAAGAUAAUGUGGAAUUCCUCCUUGAUGGUUUAAAACCAUCACAAAGCAUGUCAACAAGAUGUCUAAGUGCAUUGGAAUUAGCUUCGGAAUGUUUUUCACCAUCGUUCAGAAUGCACAUGAAAGCACAUGGAACUAUUGACACUAUUUUUAAUGUUCUACAAGAUGCUCUUUCUGAUGAGGGUUUAACUUUGUGCACAUCUACAAUUAUGUAUGUGUUGGCGAAAGAUAGAUUAAAAAUAAAUUUCAACAAAAAAAUCGUAGGAUUCAUGUUAAAACUAUUAUCCCGAAAGAAAAUUGCUAUUGAAGGGAAAGACUAUGAGCGUCUUUUAAAAAAAGUCAGAACCAUCCUGGAAAAACAAGAAAUGUCCAAUAUAGAUUUAGAGUGUAUAGAUGCUGAAUAUUUAGCUCGAGAAACGUUACUAUCAUUUACUUCACAAAGAAUUGGUGAAUGGUUUAAAGAAGAAAUUCGAACAUUAGGAGGAUUAGAUCAUUUAGUUGAUACAAUAUAUAGUUGCAGUAAGUCCAUUCAGAAGAAGGAUGAUCUUGUGAAAAGUUUCUGUCAAACAGAACGUUGCUUGUUGUUGCUGUGUGAUAUGACUUUUAAGUGUCGACAAAAUCAGCAAUAUUUGGAUUCUUACAGAGAUGGUCUGGUCAUUGAAUCAUGUGUCAGGGUAAUUUCUUUUAUUACAAUGAAACUCGACCUGUCAACAGAAUUAUCAGCGGAACUACAAGAUUGUCUGUUUGCUAUACUCAGAUUUUUAACAAACCUAUCUCAUGAAAAUGACAGUGGUGGUGUAAAGAUAUGCAAACAAGAGAAAUCUUUGACAUCCAUUCUUCGCUGUGCUCUUUAUGUACCACAGUUCUUAGAAGCUUCGAAAACGUUUGAUUUUAUUGUUGUAAGUUUGGGUUUACUCAUCAACUUGGUUGAAUACAACCGUGAAAACGUGCAUGUUCUGAGCACUUCGUUUUCACCAGCUUGUCACGAGAGUCAGUCAAGCAGUGAGAGUUCUGAGAUAGAAGAAGAUAAAGUGACACCAGUUGAAGCUCUCAUGCAACUCUUCCUGGUACGUUUCGAAGCUUGUAAAGAAGGAGAUCUAAUGGAAGAGCUGGACAAACUAGAGAAAGAAGAAGAUGAAAAAAAUUCUGCAAUGCAUUACCAUGACGAUGAGUACGCACUUACAUGUGGAGAUAAAUUUGAUGACACCGUGGAAGAGAGUGAAGAGGCUCAAAAGGAACAAGGUGAAGAAGGAUCAGUCGUGUCCGAGGAUUCAAAAACGGUUGGAUUAAAUCAAAAAGAAAAACGGGACAUAAAACAAACUCUUCAGAAAGCACAUCAACACAUGGAAGACAGUCACGUGGCUGCUUAUGCUGCACUUUUGAUUGGUUUACUGGCUGAGCAUAACAAGGAUAACCAAGAAACAGUCCACAGUCUUCUUCCAGAUGGUGAUUUUAAACCAAUGAUUGAGUGUUUAGAAAAAAUAUUGUCUUUCAUGAAGAUUACUGAGGCUACUACAGAAUCUGGUUUUAUUGUCAUCGAAAGAAUCAUCGGUUUUUUUAAAGAAAUUCACAGACCAACUCAAUUUGAGGUGACCGAUCAAAAAGAAGCAACCGUAGCCAAUAACCCAGAAGUCUAGAGUCCGAGAAAUCCGAUGCACCGGAAAGUUAACAACCUGCGUCCGGACAAGAUAUUCCAGGAAAACGUCAGAGGAUGUAGGAACCGUAACACUUCAAACGAAUCUGAUAUAUGGCAGUCAAAGAUUAUCACCGAUGGUGUAUUAGUAUAGAAACAAUACCGCCAAAUCAAAAAUUGGAACUUUUUCAGCUGAUGGUUGAAUGUAAAAAUUUAUUUCUUAAAUUAUUAUUUUUUUUAAACUUCGAAUAGUGUCUGGAAAUUCCGGAUUAUUUGUCCGUACAUAGUUCAACAUAAAACUUUUAAAAUCGUAUUUCGUGGUUACUUUAGAUGGGCAUUUCUAUUCUAUGUACAGGGUGUUAGAAAGACUUUUUAAAAAAAUCACCCUCUUUCCAACCUUUUGGAAAGUCUUGCUUGCUUUACAAUCCUGUUUUGUGAUCUUUUCCUAUUUCUAUUUGAAAAUUUUGUUCUCUGUAUUUUGGUAUAUUGUAAAAAUAACCUCAAACAGAGCAGAAAAUGAAAAAAAACACCCUUUUUGCGAUAAAACAUUUUAUGCAAUGUAGCGUCUAAGGUGGAGAUCGUAGAUGUAUAAUAUCUUCCAGGUUAUUUUAAGUCAAUUGUUAAUAAUUUUAUUAGUAUUUGUAUAUAACUUUUUAUUUAGUGAUCAUCCUCUCCCCAGUGCUUUUAAGUGUGAAUGAAAAGUUCUGGGGAUGAAGGUGAUCAGUAGCAAGAAAUAAGUCUCUGUUGUACGUAGUUUAGUCUUUUUUAAACUCUAGUCAAAACAUUAUGCCACGUUGGUAUCAAUAUGA